AUGGCGGACGCAGCAGAACUGGAGCGCCAGAAGCAGGAGAAGAUUGCGGCCGCCAAGAAGCGCGUCGAGCAAUUGAAGAAGAAAAAGAAGAAAGGGGCCAAGUCGGAUUCCAAAGCCGAAGCUGAGGCAUCCGCUCCCGACGCCGCAGAAGACACCUCAGAGCAGCCCCAGCCGAGCGAGCCAGAUGCCAUGGACGACAAACCCACCGAAGAUGACAAGCCUGCCGAGGACAACACAGCUGUCGAGGAGCCCAAGGCCGAGGAAGAGGCAGAAGACAAGGCCGUCGAGUCGCCGCCAUCCGAGACGCCAUCCCUGGCGCAACAAUCAAAGCUCAGAUCCACGUCUUUUCGCGCCGGCUCGGGGCCAAUGUCACCCGGACCCUUCAACCCCGAGGGUGGCGAUACGGCUGCCGACAUUUACAGAAAGCAUGUGGCUAGGAUAGAAGAGCUGGAGAAGGAGAACAAACGCCUCACCAAGGACGCAUCCGACUCGGAGAAAAGGUGGAAGAAGGCAGAGGAAGAGCUGGCCGACCUGCGCGAAUCUGAUACGAAGGGCGGCAAGGAUGAUCAAACAGAGAAGUUGAAGGAGGAGAUUGCAUCUCUACAGCGUCAAAACUCCCAAUUACAGCAGCAAGUGUCACGGAACUCUGGCCAUGCUCAUCGUCAGUCGGUGUCAAUAAGCGCCUCCCCGCCGUCGCUCCAAGCUGAGCUCGACGCCAAAUCAGCCACCAUUGAGUCCAUGGAGAUUGAAAUUUCCAAGCUCAAGGCUCGUGUUGAGCGACAGGAGAGCGGCGCGUCAUCGGAGAAGGAACAGAUCGCCGCGCUGGAAGACAAGGUGGCGCGCGCCGAAGCAGCAGCCGGCAAAGCUCAGCGUGAACUGCAAGACGUAAAGAAGAACCUCGAGCGCACGACGGAAAAGGCGGUCCGCGAAGGCAGCGAGCGCACCAGCGCAGAGACCAAGGCGAGGACGCUGGAACGUGAGCUAGAGGAAACCAAGAAGGCAAAGGAAGAGCUAGAGAAGAAGGUUGAGGCGCUAGAAAAGAAGGUGGCGGCAUUGACCACGCUGCACAAGGAGCAGGACGCACGAUCACAAGCUCUGAGGAAGGACAAGGAGAAGGCAGAGGGUGAGGUACGGGAGCUGCGAUCCAGGGCUGAGAAGCUGGAGAGCGAAAACGCCAGGCUUGCCAGUCGUAAGUCGACAGACGGCGGCGGCGGUCUCGACGACGAGGGCGUGGAUGAGCUCGAGGAUGAGGGCAGGCGCAAGCUGGAGCAGAGGAUUCGCAGCCUCGAGGCAGAGAAUCACGAGCUUCGCAGCGGCGCUUGGAUUGAGAGACGGCGCGAGAUGGAGGCCACUAGUCCCGGCUUCGACGACGUGGAUCUCUCGGGCAACAACCACGCGCCUGCCCACAAGAAGGGGUCGACAGCGGGGGGCAUCGGCGAGUUCAUCGCGCAUGGCCUGAACGCCCUCGCCGGAGGAGGCGACGAUGACCUGCUGGACGACGACGAUGUAGAGUUCGACGAAGAAGCAUUCCGGAAGGCGCACGAAGAAGAGUCCAAGAGGCGGAUAGAGAGGAUCAAGGAGAUCAAGAGGUCGCUGAAGCACUGGGAGGGAUGGAGGCUGGACAUUGUGGAUGUGCGGAGAGGCGGAGGGCAGGGCAUUGGGGAUAUAUUUGAUAUUUAA